GACGUUUUGUUAAAAACAAAGCACUGUCCGGCAGGUCGGUAACAUUUAACAGCAGGCAUCAGUUGCUGGCAUUUAAUCAUAAAUAUCCAAACCAAGUGCAUCGUCCUCCGUUAAUCGUAUCAAACAAAGUCACUUAAAUUAUAGUUUAACUCUUAAAUAAUACUUUUCUUAAAAUUUAAUUCUUGUAAUUUGUUUUUUUCAAAUCAAACCCGUAAAUAGUGAGUCAGUGUUGUGUAUCGUUUAAAAAAAAAAAGGUGGACGAGAUGUCUACAUCUAAAUACACACUGGACGAAAGUCUUGGCGAAUCAUGGGUAGAAUUAAAUGCGGUACCACUAGCUGAUAGAAUAACGCCUUUGCCAUUUGGAAGUGGUGGUGAGGAAUAUCUUCGUCUACUACGAGAAGCCCAAAGGGAUUCCACACAUUCAUCAGCAAGACAUUCUCUAGCUUCAUCACGAAGAGACACACCCAGAGAUAGUCCCAAGAGUCCACCCAACAGUCCGAAUACCGAGCGAUCAACCGACGAUGAUCUCAAAGGAGUCUAUAUAAAUUAUAGCUGUGCCAAGGAUGCUGGUGAAUUGUUAGUCAAAGGAUCAGAUUGGAUGUAUGAUGAAUGGUGUUCACGUCCAGAUCAAAUUCCUCCAAAGGAUUGGAAAUUCAAACACCCACUGGGUAUGACCAAGAGGAAAACUUACAGCAUUCGUACAGCCAAGGUGGGCAAAAAUGGGCUUUUCUCCAAGGAAGUUCUCUACACAUUAUUCUUGUCUAAUUUGCUGUCACUUAUCAUUGGCACUGGGUUUGGAGUAUGGUUGACCAGACGAGGACUUAUGAUGACACGCGUGGCUAUUGAGUGAGCUAGUCAAUAAAUCCAUCGUACAUCACGAUUAAUUAUCAGAAUGACAAGAAUGAAUACUGAGGUAGAAGAAAGACUGAAGAAAUGGAUUAUUGGAGUGAGCCUAAUUUAAACGAGAAAAGUUAAUAAAUAAUGAAGAUUCAAUUA